CAAGCCUUUUUCGCGGGCGUCACCCUAAAAACAACAGAGGGGCAACAGCCACCUCGUCUCCUUUAAUAGGGGUGACUGAACACUCCAAUACAAAGGGACAUUAGAGGGAAAAGCGACCAUCUCUUGCUUUGGGGAUGCGCGUCAGGGGAUCACGGUAGCCAAUCUGAUUGAGCACGUAGAUGCUCGUAAUUCACGACCCCCUUUGCUGUCUCGCGCAGUGUUCUUGCUGACUCAGUGCCUUACAGCAGUGCUCUCCUGUUCUCUCCACGCAUCGACCAGAAACUGCGACGCAGGCUCCCUCCAGUAGCCUAGCCCACUUCUUUCACCACCAACGCCGCACAAACUGACAGACAUGGCUAAAACAGCAAUUGCGUACAAAGAGAAGAUGAAGGAGAUGUCUGUCCUGUCUCUCCUCUGCUCCUGCCUGUACCCAGAGACACGCAAGAACCUGGUGGGAGAGUUCCAAGCAGGCAUGGAGGUGAAGCCCAUCAACAAGCGUGCCUCUGGCCAGGCCUUCGAGGUGAUCCUGAAGCCCCCCUCUCCGGUGUCAGACGCAGCCCACUGCGUCACCUCGCCCCCUAAGAAGGAUGUCUCUCUGGAGGACAUCCAGAAGAAGCUGGAGGCCGCUGAGGACCGGAGGAGAUCCCAGGAGGCCCAGGUUCUCAGGGCCCUGGCAGAAAAGCGGGAGCACGAGAGAGACGUGGUGAUGAAGGCCAUGGAGGAGAACAGCAACUUCAGCAAGAUGGCAGAGGAGAAGCUGACCAUGAAGAUGGAGCAGAUCAAGGAGAACCGCCAGGCCUACCUGGCCUCCAUCAUGGAGCGCCUGCAGGAGAAGGAGAGGCAUGCCCAGGUGGUGCGCAGGAACAAAGAGCUGAGGGAAGAGCUGACAGCGUGAGCAGGCGAGGGGCGCCACAAACCAUCGUACCCCCCUACAGCCACCCUCCUGUACCCUGUACUCCUCCGCCCCCUCCCAAGGGACUCCCCUGACAACCCCACUUCUACAGCACCCCCAGCGUCAGAAGACCCCCCCCCAGAGUGAGGAGGAGGACCCACCGGCACCCCACACCAACAGCAUUAGCAAAUGGGGGGAUUGCAAAAAAAAUGACCAAAAUGUCACCCACUCCUCCCUAAUAAAUAAUGUUUUUGCUCGAUUUCAAAUGCUGAAAAAAAAAAGAUGAAAAGCCAACCAAGUUAUAGUGGGUAUUGUUUUUUGUAAAUACUUAUUUUUUUGUUAUAUACAGUAGGAUAGUACAGCAGAAGUAUUGCAGUGUGCCAUUUUAGCAUUUUCUCUAUCUAUGGAUGUACUUUUAUUUAUUUAUUUUUCUCAAACAAAAAUCGUUUGCAGUUUCUCUCGUACUAUAAGGCUUCUGUGUUGUUGUUCGCCAGCUAGCCGACGUGCGUUUUCUGACCAUGUCUGUUUCUGUGUCAGUCAGUUAGUCAGUCAGUCAGUCAGUCAGUCAGUCAGUCAGUCAGUCAGUCAGUCAGUCAGUCAGUCAGUGUGGGGAUGAUGAUAAUACAGGCUGCUCAUUGACUUCCAGGAGAGAGACUAGCUAGACAUUAGGAGAAUACUACAGCUUUUAUGAGCCGAUUCUCUCCUGUCUGUCUCUCUGAUCUCCCACUCUCUUGCAUAGAGUAGUUCAUUCACACACAUGCAAGCGCACACACAUGCACAUACACAGACUGAGGAAUUUGGCAAACAUGACAUGUCGUUUAAGAGGAGCUUGCUAAAUUCUGUCAGUUGGACAUCGCAGAAGUCACAUGACAUCCUUUGUUCAUACCGUGAUGUCACAGAGGGGUGUUAUGGUCCUUUCUCGUUCCCAAGACCCCCUUGCGUCAUCUGUCAAUCACUCUCUCAGCAUGUACUGUAUGUACCAUCUUAGACGUAUAGAUAAUGUAAUCGUGCCUAGAAUGCUACUAGCUCAUAUAGCGGUUAACGCUUAAGCAAUGGUAGAUCACUAAGUAACAUCCAUGUCCUUAAAUAGGCUAAUGGGCCCUCUCAGCUCUUUCAUGUUGUGCCACAGAGGAACCAAGCCAAAUGCUACUUACGGAGGUUUCACUCUCUAUGGAGAAUCAUAGUUUGACUCUCUCACUAUUGAGAAUGAGUCAUUGUACCGUCGUCUCUUAACUGUGUACGGCAAACUAUGGCACAGGAGAACAAGUAGGCAACAUUAAGACGUAAGAAAACAACCAACACACAGACAUAUAAUAACAUCUAGAAGAUCCUGACAUGACAAUGGAAGACAAAGGGUGCAUGUUUCAGUAAGGGUGUGUGAGAGAGUGUGUAUGUUUCAGUAAGGGUGUGUGAGAGAGUGUGUAUGUUUCAGUAAGGGUGUGUGAGAGAGUGUGUAUGUUUCAGUAGGGGUGGGUGGAUGUGUGUGAGAGAGUGUGUAUGUUUCAGUAAGGGUGUGUGAGAGAGUGUGUAUGUUUCAGUAAGGGUGUGUGAGAGAGUGUGUAUGUUUCAGUAAGGGUGUGUGAGAGAGUGUGUAUGUUUCAGUAGGGGUGGGUGGAUGUGUGUGAGAGAGUGUGUAUGUUUCAGUAAGGGUGUGUGAGAGAGUGUGUAUGUUUCAGUAAGGGUGUGUGAGAGUGUGUAUGUUUCAGUAGGGGUGUGUGAGAGAGUGUGUAUUUUUCAGUAAGGGUGUGUGAGAAAGCGUGUAUGUUUCAGUAAGGGUGUGUGAGAGAGUGUGCAUGUUUCAGUAGGGGUGGGUGGAUGUGUGUGAGAGAGUGUGCGUGUUUCAGUAGGGGUGGGUGGAUGUGUGUGAGAGAGUGUGCAUGUUUCAGUAAGGGUGUGUGAGAGUGUGUAUGUUUCAGUAAGGGUGUGUGAGAGUGUGUAUGUUUCAGUAAGGGUGUGUGAGAGAGUGUGCAUGUUUCAGUAGGGGUGGGUGGAUGUGUGUUGAGAGAGUGUGUGUGUUUCAGUCGGGGUGGGUGGAUGUGUGUGAGAGAGUGUGUGUGUUUCAGUAGGGGUGGGUGGAUGUGUGUGAGAGAGUGCAUGUUUCAGUAAGGGUGUGUGAGAGAGUGUGUAUGUUUCAGUCGGGGUGGGUGGAUGUGUGUGAGAGAGUGUGUGUGUUUCAGUAGGGGUGGGUGGAUGUAUGUGAGAGAGUGUGUAUGUUUCAGUAAGGGUGUGUGAGAGAGUGUGUAUGUUUCAGUAGGGGUGGGUGGAUGUGUGUGAGAGAGUGCAUGUUUCAGUAAGGGUGUGUGAGAGAGUGUGUAUGUUUCAGUAGGGGUGGGUGGAUGUGUGUGAGAGAGUUUGCAUGUUUCAGUAGGGGUGGGUGGAUGUGUGUGAGAGAGUUUGCAUGUUUCAGUAGGGGUGGGUGGAUGUGUGUGAGAGAGUUUGCAUGUUUCAGUAGGGGUGGGUGGAUGUGUGUGAGAGAGUGUGCAUGUUUCAGUAGGGGUGGGUGGAUGUGUGUGCGCCUGUGCUGUUUCUCUGGUUUAGAGCUUAAUUAUACCAGCCAGGAGGUUGGAUCUGUAUAUCCAACCGUCCGUCACAUACUAAUGACAUCACAGCGUCCUGUCUGCGACAUCGCAACAUCCUGUCUGUGACAUCACACCGUCCUGUCUGCGACACCACAGGGUCCUGUCUUGGACAUCACAGGGUCCUGUCUGCGACAUCACACCGUCCUGUCUGCGACACCACAGGGUCCUGUCUUGGACAUCACAGGGUCCUGUCUGCGACUUCACAGCCUCCUGUCUGUGACAUCACAGCGUCCUGUCUGCGACACCACAGCCUCCUGUCUGUGACAUCACAGCGUCCUGUCUGCGACACCACAGCCUCCUGUCUGUGACAUCACAGCGUCCUGUCUGCGACACCACAGGGUCCUGUCUGUGACAUCACAGCGUCCUGUCAGUGGUGAUGAACCUGGCUGUCUCUCUCUCUUCCUGUUUGUGUGUUUUCCCCCUCCACAUAUAUCUUUGUGAGCAAGCUGUGGUAAUUAAAGGUUUGGGGUUCUGUGAAUGA